AUGUCGUUUGACUGGACAAAUUAUACGCUGGCGUUAUCGCCACUUCUUCCAUACAAUACUUUCUACACAAAUCAACCGCGUGUUUAUAUGUUUCAAGGCACCGAACUCAUCGAUUUGGUAUUUUUGAGUGUGACUUUUGUGAUGGCAAUUGCUUGGAUGAUGUUUUGUUGUGUUUGUUCAAAAUCGAAAUCUGCAGCCAAGGUUUGUCUAAUUUUCUAGUUAGAAGUUCUGAAGAAUCUAGAUUCACUGUAGGGUUUUUGAAGUUGGUUGUAAUUCUGAAGCAGAAUUUCACAGCUGAAUAUCAGAAACAUUGACCUGAUUUUCCUUAUCAAACCCGAAAAAAGUGAGAAAAUUCUGAAUGAUUCGGAACUUGUUUAAAAAUAGAUGCGAUCAACCAAUUUUUGCAAAAUAGCAGAAUUGGUCUGAUCCAGUUGAAUGGGACCAUAUUAAAAAAAAUGUUUCGCCACCCAAAUGAAGAAUUAUGGUCCUCUUCUCAUUAUUCUGUGGUGCUAAACGUUUUCAACAAAAAUUUACUUUCAAAAAAUCACGAACAACAUUUUCCAUGGUUCUCCUGAUAAAGCAGCUGAUAAAUCUACUUGUUUACCAUAAAAACUGGGAUUACUGUAGUCAACUGACCAUAAAUCCUGAUCACUUGCAAGUACACAAACAACUUCCAAUCCCAAUGUUCAAUUUUCAGACCCUAAUAACCAUCACAACAUCAAAAAUCCUUGUCAACGUCAUAAUUCGUGUUACUCAAGUUGUUACUCUUCUUUUGAUCGCCUAUCCUUCUUACACUUUUCUAUUUUUCGCUUCAAGUAUCGAAACAACUCUUCAUUACGCUUUUUAUCUACAGUAUACUUCUUCAGUUAUUCUUUAUGUCAAAAAUCCAAAUGGUGGACAGUGAGUUUUUCAAAGUGUAGUUCUUAGAGCCCGGUUACUCCCCAAUAUUCUAACCCUUAUCUCCUUGAAAAUUUCAGCCAUCACUAUUUCCUGGCUCUUUUCUUCUCCCUUUUCCUCUCACUUCUCAAUGUCAACUUCGAUACUUUUCUCCACAAUGCUCCAUUUUAUCUCUACGAAGCGAUUUAUAUUCCAAUGAUUUUACUCUACAUAAUUCGAAUCGUGCGAUCAUGUAAAACCUUUCAUUUGGUCGCAUUUAUGCUCAUCUCAUCUCCUCCACUCAUUUUCAAUGCCGCUUUGACAAUAAUGGAUCUUCUCUACAUGAUUAUUGGUGUUUCCGAAGUGUUUCCCACUUGUCAGUGUUAUGUUUAUUAAAGAUUAUAUUAAUAAUCUAGAGAUUACAUUUUUCAGCUUAUGUUCUGAUGAGCAAUUAUCGCUAUAAAGCAUUCGAAUUGAAACCGAUUUGUGUUAUGAUCGCAUUUUUGGCGUUGAUUCCAGAUUUAAAAAGGUCAGAGAGAAAUUUCUUGUGA